GAAGUAUUAAAAGUGAUGCGCACCAUAGAUGACAGAAUUGUCCAUGCCCUCAAUACUACUGUGCCCACUGCAUCCUUUUCAGACAAAGUGGAUGCCACACAGACCUGCAAAGAACUUUACGAAUCUCUCAUGGAAGCUCAUCUUUCCAGAGAUAAGACAAUAAAGUCAUGCAUUACAGAGACCUCUGCUGUCGUCGGGCAGUUACGUGAAGAGAGGGCAAAAGACAGCGACAACUUGUCAAUAAUCAAGCAACUCAGGAAAGAGCAAACUAAGUUAAAACUCAUGCAGUCUGAGCUAAAUGUUGAAGAAGUGGUUAAUGACCAGAGUCUGAAGGUUUUCAAUGAAAGGUGCUGAAUUCACUACAUCCCUCCCAAGAUCAAGUGAAUAAUACUUCUGUCAACACAGUUGUUCUGCGGAAAACACCUGGAGCUGAGCCUGGACAUUGUCACUGACCCCACACACCCUCCUCCAUCAUUAUGCUCUGUGGCUUUGUGUUUCUACAGUGAGGAAACACUACUGUCGCCCGAGUCCUGUAAACCUUUUCGUACAAAUUGUACCAAAGAUUUCAUAAACCAUGAAAAGUUGUCAUUUGAAGUGAAAGGGACGUCUGUUCUCAGAUGUUGAUGUGCACCUGUGUCAAAGGUU